UGUACGCUCGUUCCCUGAUGGCUGCAGUAGCAGUCGAUGAAUGGAGGGUUGAUUGAUUUUGCUCGAUUGUUGUACUCCGCGAGGGAUGUGUAUGCGAUGUAGGACUGCGAGUUUGUUUAUAGGCGUAUGACUGCGUGUGCGUGAGUGUAAAGAAGGGUAGUUGUGUGAAGUUUGUUUAUCUCGUUAUACGUGCCUCAACUCUCAAGUUUCUUUAUUUUACUUGUAAGUUGCGUUUGAAGUGUCGCUCGUCGUUUUUUUCUUGCUUUUCUCUCCCCGAUGAUAUAACGCGCGAGGAGAAAUUAAAUUGUCAUCGUGAUGGUGCAGUCACUGCCUCCUACUUAUGUCUCUACUUCAAUGCAUCCUGACCCCAGCAAAAGUAAGAAAAAUUUGUAACGAGCCACAGGAUGUCCUCUUUUACUUUUGGACAAAGGUCAUUUACACCAGUGCCACCUGAGAAGGGUAGCUUUCCCUUGGACCACGAAGGCAUCUGCCGUGAUUUCAUGAUCAAGUACAUGCGCUGUCUGAUGGAUAACAAGAAUAUCGCAAGCAAUUGCAAAGACAUAAGCAAAGACUAUCUAGCUUGUCGUAUGGACAAUGGAUUGAUGGCACGUGAGGAAUGGACUCAGCUUGGAUUUGGUGAGAAGGAAGUAAGCGAGCAGCAGAAGCAAUGAGGAAGGCCCUUCGUCUUCGUCGUAGAGUGGAUUACAUAGAAUUGACCCUAGCUGCCGAACAGAGGAACUGUCCUGAAGUUACCUUGGGUUGACAUCGAUAUAUACAGUUCAACGACGAGACGAGUAAACGUGUUUCAUGCCUAAUUGAUCCCGAGUAGGGAAAUCUCGCGAUCUCGUGUUUUAUAUGCAUAUAUAUUAUAUAUUUACACACAAGAAAAUAUAUAUACAUAAGAUAGAGAGAUAAUAUACAAAGAGAUAUAUAGACAUAUAUGUAUACAUACAAAUGUUAAUGAGGAUUGUCAUUGAGGGAGCAAUGUUUGAAGCUUGAAAGCCUGCAGCGCUUGGAUGUUUUAAGAAAUUGGAUAACGAUCUUCGAUAUAAUUAACAUAUCAAUCUGCUAUUCAUAAAGUUCACCAAAUACUCAUCGUCAUAAACAGUACGCUACACAAACACAACAACAACAACUGCUACUAUUACUACUACAGCUACUACUACAGCCACACCUACAGAGUACAUGAUAACGCGGCGAAUCUCACGAGGUUGGUCGUUGACAAGUUCACUAAUAAAAAAAACUAAAAAGAAAAAGCUUUAGAUAGAAAAAAACUUCGAUAAAGCCAAUUAAUGCUCAUUGCUUUUACAUUCCUGCUGUUGUAGUAAAACGUUACUUAGUGCAACGCAAGUUCAAUUAUAAACGAUAAAAGCAAGCCAAACUAAAAAGACUUGAAAAAAGCCUAGUUGUAUCGAUGAUCCGCUUCUGCCAAGUUCGAGAAACAAGCUGCAGCGCGUCUUAGAAAAACAUAUAUACUAUAUAUCGACCGUAGUUGAUUAUCCGUCGUAGUGGAAAAAAAAACGCAAAAUAAAAGUAACGCAAGAGCUAAGUCAAAAUAAUCACGAGUCGUUGAUCAAUACAAUAAUACAAAACGAACUCGAGAUUAUUAAUAUACCUGCGGUCAUAUAAACUCGUCGGACUUUACCGUCGACGAGUCGAAUGUUAAAUUAGUCGUAAGCAUAGGGAAAAAAAUUAAAUUAUAUAUACACGCAUCGCGCGCGCUCGCGCGGAGUCAAGCAAAACGAAUCAAUUAAGCAGAACUAAGAGUAGUAGAGAGAAGAGGGAGUUAGAUAACGAAUUAUUAAUGGCAUCCUCAUCGAAGAAGAAAGUGCUGGUGGGCUGCACGGGAAGCGUGGCGACGAUAAAGCUGCCCCAGCUGGUGCAGAAGCUCUGGCAGCGCAACAUUGAGGUGAGAGUCGUGGUGACCGAACGAGCAAAACACUUCCUGAAGGAGGCUGAAUUACCGGCUGGCUGUCAGGUGCUCAGCGAUACGGUCGAGUGGGCCGCAUGGCAGGAUCGAGGUGAUCCUGUUCUGCAUAUCGACCUGGCCAAGUGGGCCGAUGUCUUCUUGCUCGCGCCUCUCGAUGCCAACACUCUCGGCAAACUCGCCGGCGGCAUCUGUGACAAUAUACUGACGUGUGUGGCACGUGCCUGGGAUCCCCAUAAACCGCUACUCUUCUGCCCAGCUAUGAACACCAAGAUGUGGGAACACCCCGUUACUGCUCCGCAGGUGGCGUUGCUGAAAUCCUGGGGUUACAAGGAAGUGCCGUGCAUCUCCAAGAACCUCAUGUGCGGGGACACGGGCAUGGGCGGUAUGGCCGAGGUAGAUACCAUCGUACAGGCGACACUGCGUUCACUCAAUUUUUGGGACUCUUACUCGGAUUUACGCCGUUAGAGAAAUUAUAUUAUAUAUAAAUAUAUGAAAAAAGACAACAAACAAAAAAUGAAUUGUGCGUCAUGUUAUCAUAAAUCAAUUAUGAAAAAGAGAAUAAAUCAGAGUUUUUUUUGAA